AUGGAGCAGAAGUUGUCUGAAUACGAUCCUGAUAAAGAUCCUCAAGUGACGGGAGAUCCAUACCGGACGGUGUUUGUGGGGCGAUUAGACUACAGUAUCAAUGAGAUCAACUUGACACAACAGUUUUCAGCAUACGGAGAGAUUGACCAUGUUCGUGUGGUACGUGAACGUGGCAAUGGGAAAUCUAGAGGUUACGGAUUUGUGGUUUAUCAAGAUGAGGAAGGUGCCAAGAUGGCGUUUGAUCAUGCAAAUGGCAUUGAGAUAAAGGGCAGAAAGAUGGUUGUCGAUAUAGAGCGAGGCCGAGUGGUAAAAAAUUGGAAGCCUAAAAGGUUAGGUGGUGGUUUAGGGGGAAGAAACUAUGAUAAGAAAAAGACCAAGGGAAAUACCAAGUUUGAAGCUAGUGGCAGAAGAGAUGCGACAAGAGGAAAUAGCUCCAUGCUAGCUCCACCAACGUCGUCAUACCAUCAUCAGAGGCUGGAAUAUAAGUCUAGAGGUAAUGAACAUGGCUAUGAGUCAAACUACGAUAGCAGGCGUCCGCAUGAGGAACCCAAGAGAGACUAUAUAGGUACUCGCGCAGGCAAUGUACAAGCAGGCCAUCGUGAUCAAGCAGACCAUCGUGAUCGGACAGGUUAUGGAGACAGAGAGGAUUAUCGUCGUUACCCCAGGUACUAA